CCCGGUGCAGUCUGUCCGCGCCGCUUACGGGCAGCAUCAGCCGCCGGGGCCGGGCGCGCGCGAGAUGCCGCCGUCCGAGUGCCGCAAGCUGGCGGGCCCGGGCCGCCGGAGCGCGGGACUUUGGAGAUGGAUAAAGACAAACUGCAUUUAAACAAGAAUCAGUAAGAUCAUCCCUUAAACACAUGGGAAUUGAGAAUGGGCCAUCAACAAUGCUAGGUCUACAAUGGGAAGUGUCACGCUUCGCUAUUUCUGCUAUGGGUGCCUUUUCACAUCUGUGACCUGGACACUUCUGCUGUUCGUUUAUUUCAACUUCAGCGAAGAGACCCAAUCUUUCAAGAAUGUGCCCGUCAAGGGGCUGGAACCUCAAAAGCCACUUCCUAAAAAAUUCUAUCCCCGUUUCACUCGGGGUCCAGUUCGCGUACCUGAACCACAACGGAAAGACAGCAGUAUAGGGAAUCCAUUUGGAAAUCAUGCACAGGACCCAGUGAAGGGAGACAUGGAGCUCUCCCCUGAAAUGGGCAUGAUUUUUAACGAACACGAUCAGCAGGUGAGAGACUUGGGCUAUCAGAAGCAUGCCUUCAAUAUGCUUAUCAGCAACCGGUUGGGAUACCACAGAGAGGUGCCAGAUACAAGGGAUGCAAAGUGCAGAGAAAAGUCCUACCCUUCUGAUUUACCAUUUGCCAGCAUUAUCAUCUGUUUCUAUAAUGAAGCAUUUUCUGCUUUGCUUCGGACAGUACAUAGCGUACUGGAUCGCACUCCAGCAUAUCUUCUUCAUGAGAUUAUCUUGGUGGAUGACAACAGUGAAUUGAUUGAGUUGAAAAAAGACCUAGAAGAAUAUAUCAAAAAAAAUCUUCCAAGAAACACAAAACUGGUAAGAAAUGAAAAGCGAGAGGGGCUGAUUCGAGGAAGAAUGAUUGGAGCAUCUCAUGCUACAGGAAAAGUGCUGGUGUUCCUGGACAGCCAUUGUGAAGUGAAUGAGAUGUGGCUACAACCUCUGCUGACUCCAAUCAGAGAAGACCGCAAGACAGUGGUGUGCCCUGUGAUUGACAUAAUCAGCGCUGACACGCUUAUCUACAGCUCUUCCCCAGUUGUGCGUGGAGGGUUCAACUGGGGUCUGCACUUUAAAUGGGAUCUUGUUCCUUUGUCAGAAUUAGAAGGACCUGAGGGAGCCACUGCGCCAAUCAAGUCACCUACUAUGGCAGGGGGCUUGUUUGCUAUGGAUAGAGAAUACUUCAAUGAACUUGGACAGUAUGAUAGUGGUAUGGACAUCUGGGGAGGAGAAAAUCUAGAAAUAUCAUUUCGGAUCUGGAUGUGUGGAGGUAGACUUCUGAUCAUCCCUUGCUCCAGGGUAGGACACAUAUUCCGUAAAAGGCGCCCCUAUGGCUCGCCGGGGGGGAAGGAUACCAUGGCACAUAACUCUCUGCGCCUGGCACACGUGUGGAUGGAUGAAUAUAAGGAACAGUAUUUUGCUCUAAGACCUGAACUAAGGGCCAGGAAUUAUGGAAACAUUACUGACCGUGUGGAGUUGAGGAAAAAAAUGAACUGCAAGUCAUUUAAAUGGUAUUUAGAUAAUAUCUACCCAGAGAUGCAAAUAUCUGGGCCCAAUGCCAAAGCUCAGCAACCAGUUUUUAUUAACAGAGGGCAAAAACGACCUAAAAUACUGCGGCGUGGAAGGCUUUAUCACCUUCAAACCAACAAAUGUCUGGUUGCCCAGGGUCACCCAAGUCAGAAAGGAGGACUAGUCAUGGUUAGGGAGUGUGACUACAAUGAUCAAAACCAGGUAUGGAUUUAUAACGAAGACCAUGAGCUGAUUUUAAAUAAUCUCCUCUGCUUGGAUGUGUCAGAAACUCGCUCAUCGGAUCCACCUCGUCUCAUGAAAUGCCACGGAUCUGGAGGGUCACAGCAGUGGACAUUUGGGAAGAACAAUCGACUCUACCAGGUCUCUGUGGGGCAGUGCAUGAAGAUUGUUGAUCCGCUUAGCCAUAAAGGAUACGUGACCAUGGCUAUUUGUGAUGGCUCCCUUCCUCAGCAAUGGCAUCUGGAAAGCUGAAUC